AUGACCAUAGUGCACACAGAAGGAAUUUUCACUCAUGAGAUUUCUUGGUGCAAUUGCCCUGGGGAAAGACUCUUUCCAGCCAGUAUAACAAAGCCCAAGACUGCUUUCACCUUUGAUGUUCUUAAUCACUUUCUCAUUGAUGCCCUGGAAUGCAAGACUUCAGCUAUGAGUUUCUAUCAGAAGCUGAAGAGGUUCACCAACAAUGCAUUUCCUGACUGUAUACCAGACAGGUACCAAGAGCUGAUGAGGGUUUCCAGACUGUGGAGGGAUUUGAAACAUAGGAAAUGGUUUGGCUUUGGUCAUGAUAAAGAACAAGAUCCUAGACAAGGAGAACUUGCACUCUUUUGUCCUGCCUGCCCACAACCAGGUAUUAAUUUACCUCCAGAUUGGAAAACCCAAUAUGACAGUGAUACCAUAAUGAGGCAAUAUGUCAUGGAUGGCAACUUCACUGCUCAGCAUAUGAAAAUGAACAAGCCUGAGUUGGAUGUGUCAUUAGCAGAUGGAACUGGUUACAUGGUUGCUGAAAAGCCCUACCAGGCCCAUCUUGAGCAGUCUUUGGAUAACAAGGAGAGAUCCACCUGCAGCAAUCACAGGGCAAUCAAUGCUGCUAAUAUUAACAAGUCCAAUCUCCAGGCCCUUGUCAUUUAUGAUGUUGGGUGCCAGUGGAGUAUUAACUUCCAGAGUCGGGUAAAAUCCAGCUGCUCUCUCCAUCUCCCUCCCUCCCUGGAAAUCAUUCCUGCUGUGGGGAAGUUUCAUCUUGCUGCCCACAAACUCUCUUGCUUUCCAAGAUAUAGCCUCAACUUUAUCAAGGGUGCUGGUCAUCUGGAUGAAGUGUAUGAUGACCAUAUGAGAGAUUCUAACUGGAAAAAAAUUGUCAACAUGGGUGAGAGACCUUUUCUUCAAAGAGAAGUUAAUUUACCCUGUACAUCUCAGUUCCUGCACUGUUGA